AUGGACGAAUGCUUUAGAAUUCUGAAUGAACGAUCGCAGUACAUAAAACUCACUCGAGAACAACCAAAAGAUGGUGAAAGAAGAUCAAGAAUAACAUUUGAGUUAGAAAAGCAUUCUCCCUCUCGAUGGACUGAUCUAGGCAAGGUAGCUGGUAUGGAGACGUGGAACAGCGCAGUGAGAAGACAACAGAGGAAAAUGUUUACACAUAUAAUAAAUUUAAUAAAUGGUAUUAAGCUUCUAUUUCGAGCAGCAAAGACCUCGAGCGGAGAGACUGCUCGAUUAAUUCUAGAUUUUCCUGGACAUCACGGUCACGAUUUCUUUGCCGUUUCACGGCGCAAGUCUGAGCAGAAAUAA